CAGUCUAUUAUUCCCUUUGUCUUAAAGCAUUGGGCAACCAACCUCCCUCGACAACCCAUUGCAUCUCUCUGCCGACAUGAGCUUGGACUGUUGUGCUGCCGCCAUAAAGCCUCUCAUACGCUGUUGACUUCGAGACAAGAGGAGACGAGUAUUUGAAACACCCGACAAAGGAAGACCACGACAUCCACAUGGCUUAUGGUACCCCAGAGCAUAUUUGAGAGGUCAGCAUGCCAAUAACUACCGUCGGUGUCGGCGCAGCAGUCACUCCAACUGUUGUCAAGACCUGUAUAGCGCAUUACGCGAAUCGCAAGCCGCGGCGACACAAGCCCACUGCCCACAUUUCCUACGACGAAGGCCUCCAUCUGAUACGACGAUUCUUGGAUUAUGCCUCUCAUCAUACGCUAGAGGACUUGCAAAGUUUCACAGGACAAUGGGUUCCGAGCCCGUCUUGGGUUAGGACUGAAAAUGUCACAAUCGCCCAAGAACACAUAACCAAGUCUGCGAGGACCAUCACGAAUCAACUUGGCCCGACUGGGAUCGAACAAAUAGGAGGCACAAAAUGGUGGCAAUGGAGGCCAGGCGAUACGGAAUUGAAAGCAGAUUGGAUCGAAAUGCGCUCGCAUCACAACGAGCAAAAGCGUGGGGGCGUGAAGAGCCGACGGAUUAUGCUUUACAUCCACGGUGGUGCAUAUUUUUUUGGUAGUGUCGAUGAGCACCGUUACCAGAUGCAGAGACACGCCAGAAAAUUGCAAGCCCGAGUAUUUGCGCCCAAAUACAGGCUCGCACCACAAUAUCCUUUCCCAUGUGGUCUCCAGGAUUGUCUAGCGGCGUAUUUGUACCUGCUGACUCUCCAUGCGCCAUCCGAAAUCAUUCUAGCCGGGGACUCUGCAGGUGGUGGCAUGGUGGUGUCGAUACUAUGCCUCCUCCGUGACCAAGAGCUACCCCUGCCUGCUGGGGCAGUGCUAAUAUCACCAUGGGUCGAUUUGACGCAUUCUUUUCCCAGCUGUGCAGGAAAUGCCGACUUGGACUACAUCCCAGAGCACGGAUUUAUGCACAAGCCUUCCGCCUCGUGGCCACCUCCGAGCGACGACGAAGUGAGUAAGAUCAAUUCCUUGGCGAAGGGUGUUGAUGGAUCGGUCGUGGAGGAUCAGAACCAGGAUUCCGCCCCCAAAAAUGCUGUCCCAAUCGAGGGGGACGGAGAGGUCUCGCCAGGACCGCAACUCCCACUGACAAUUGAGCUCGAUGGGAAAACUGUAUUAUUGAAAGACCAAAUCCAGAUGUAUACGACAAACCAAUUGUUGGCUCAUCCUCUUGUGUCGCCUGUCUUGCAACCCUCUUUGGGCGGACUUCCUCCGGUAUCAAUUCUUACGGGCGGAGGAGAGAUACUCCGUGAUGAGCAGAUCUAUCUUGCUCAUAAAAUGGCAAAUCCUGCCAAGUACCCUCUUGGAAAACCGUACCGAUCACGAUAUGACCCGGAUGACCAGAUCUUGAAGAAGCACAGGCCGACCCCGGUUCAAUUGCAGGUCUGGGACGACCUUUGUCAUGUUGCACCUACGCUAUCUUUCACACGACCUGCCAAAUACAUGUACAGAUCGAUUGCUCAGUUUGGAGCUUGGGCUCUAGCAAGAGCCCAAAGGAGAGCCAUUGAAAUUCUUGACGAUGACGAUAUCUCAAUUAUCUCUACAGAAAGCGAUUCCGCCUCCACGGAUAGUGACUCGGAAGCUGUGGCAGCAAAACAGGGUCUCGACCCAAGCAGGACAAUAGGAUUUGUCGGUCGAGCGGGAGAUCCUCUUCCACCGUUUCAGAACAAUAUGCUGCGACAACGGGUAGAUCGAGGUGGUAAGAUCUAUCCUCUUUCCGAGCCACACAAUCUGCCAGCGCUCGAGAUGCAUCCUGAUGAAGUAGGUGUGGUCAAGCAAGGUCCAGUAAGAAAGUGGCUCGAAGCGAGAAAGAUUUGGGAUAGCAAAUACGCACAUGUCAGCCGGAAGGUGCAGAAAGAGCGGAUCAGAGCUUUGGCUAAUGGAGAGAUUAAGGCUUUCGAAGAUGGAGAACGGCCUCCUGCAUGCGCUCUUGCCAGUCGCCGAACGGACCGAGAUCUUGUAGUCAAGAAGAAGCGUAAGAGCAACUUGUUAUUCAUGUGGUCAAUGUGGGGAAGUAAGCAUGACGAGAUGACUCUCAAGCGAGAGCAGGAGGCGGAAGAGGGCCGCCCAUCUCAGGUCGAGAAGGUGGAUCAGGAGAUACCUACGACGUCACCACAAGGCGCAGAUGGACGAGUCGACGAAGUGCCAGCCGGUGGCGAAGCGGUACCUCCGACAGCAAGAGCUCGCAGUUCUACGAGGCAAAGGAGCUUGAGCUCGAAGCGGCGGGGGAGUGAGAGUCGAGUACGAGGCCGCGCGCGAACGGUCUCCGUGGCUGAUCGGGGCCAAGCCGACAGUCAACAUCUCCUGCCUGCUCUAGCGGUGUCGCGAUCUAUGGCACCAUCAACGACGACGGCUUCUGAAAAUCCUACGAUCGUCACGACCAGCCCCGGAGCCCAUGACGGCCGAGCAUCUCCUGACUCGGCGCUCCUGUCAGCAGGGUUUAUUCCCAGGUUCAGGGCGGCAUCUCAUCUGCGUGGCGACUCGGCCAGCAUAAAGACAGGUCAGAGUAUUGGCGUCGCUAGUGACGACGCAAGUACUCGGGCAUUAUUUGCCGAAGCAGGUGUCGCCUCGGAGAUCGAGAACGAAUCGACCACGCACGAUUCGAGUUCGGCAGGCCCCAAAGCCAGGCGGGGAAGUCCUUUGGCGGGUGAAUUGGGACGACGAACUUCAGAUGAUAAUGACGACGAUGACGAUGUUUUGAUCAAUGGGAAAGUCCCCCAUGGUGGAUCAGACACACCGAGAAGUCAUCGAAGUAUCGAGCGCCUACAGAGUCAUCAGCAAGAUGAAGGCAUGGGUCGAUUACAACCUCUCAGAAGCCCUAGCUCGACUGCCGUUGUGAGAGCGGCAGGUGUCGUUGAUAUAGUACCCGACGGUGAAGCUGAUGAGGGUGCCGCCGCAGAGAAGAAGAAGGAUAACAUGGUGAGUGGUACCGAAGAGAAAGAGGAGGAUAUGGUGAACGGCACCGACAUCAAUGGCACAAUCGACCCCGUGACGGACGCCAGACCAAAAUUGUACGAUCGUGCUGACACGGCAUUCAAAACAGCCAUGGAAAAUCCGGCAUAAAAACAAAAAGUUCUGAAGAAUUCAAAAAGCCUGUGUUGGCACCAAGUUAAUGGCGCUUGGCCGGCAUUUAAUCAGAGAUGAUUAUGACUAUUGAUUGAUACCGUACACUUUUGUCUGUCAGGUUAUAACAAAAUAUUUGUAGUAUAUAUCACACAUAACGAAGUAAUUUGUACACAGCACACAUUUUACUCCAUAUAUCGAUCUGGAACGAGGCCCGCAGAUACUCAU